CGUACCAUCACUUUUCAGCCACCUCCAUGAUAACCUAAUUUGAAUCCGGAUUCGGAGCAGCCCAAGUUCGGGUCCAACAAACUCCGUAUUCCGUAGUUGCCCACUUCUAAAUAAAAGCCGCGUAGGCGUAUAUGAUCGGAAGCAGCUCAUUCACCUUGUACGCUUUACUAACCGUUGAGUCCUUCAAGUUACUUCUUCAGUUACUUCUAACGCCGGCGGCGCAUACGGAGAAACCUGAUACUGUGUUUGGUUGACGAGAAAAAAAGGUAAAUAAAAUGGCGCCUUCAAAAGCUUCCUCAAAGAAGCAGCAAAAGCGCGGCAUCGACUUUAAAAAAAUAAAGCGAAAGAUUGGCAGGAAAUUGCCGCCUCCUAACAAUGCUACGAAUACUGAAAUUAAAUCUAAAGGUAUGGACUAUAGCAAUAAUUCUUCCGGAGCAGAGUGUAGCAACAGAGAAGACAGGCUUAGCAGUAAACAAAAAAGGUUUAACUUUGAAGGAGCUUCUUCAGCAGACAUCUCAUCACAAUGCAAAAGUUCGCAAAGAUGCAUUGCUUGGCAUCAAGGAUUUAUUGCAUACAUAUCCAGCAGAACUGAGCUUGCACAAGUAUGCUGUUAUAGAAAAACUACGUGAACGUAUUGGAGAUGAUGAUAAACUAGUUAGAGAAACUCUUUAUCAACUUCUUAAGUCAGUGGUUUUUCCUGCCUGUAAAGAGGAUAAUCAAGGGAUUUUCAUCUCCUUACUAAUGACCUAUAUAUUCAAAGCGAUGACACAUUUAGCUAUUGAUGUUCGGUUGAUGGCUUUCAAAUUUUUUGACCUUGUUGUCCAGCACUACCCACAUUCCUUCUUCUUGUAUGCUGAAAAGGUUCUUCAAAACUAUGAAGAUAUUUUGCGGAAGAACCAGCAUUAUUUACAGGACAAGGGCAAGCUCAAGAUUGCUCUCUCUGGGUUGGUUCGGUGUUUGUCGAUGUUGCCUUGUAAUCAAGAAGAAGUUGAUUCAUGUGAAAAAAAGGAUGCUGGACAAAGAGUGCUGCAUGCUUUUGAGACGGAGGUUCCAACAGAAUCUUCUGGGUUUUCCAUUAUCAUCCCAAAACUUAAAGACCUUCUACCAGUUCUAGUCAGUUGUUUCCAAGAAUUUAUUCCUACAGCUCAGACUUUUCCAUCAUUUGAUGGACAAUCAUUUGAUUGCAUGCUGUGUAUACUUCAGAGCAUAGAUCUUUCAAUCAGGUUCUAUAUUUAUGUUACUAGUGAGAAUAAGCAGGAGUCACAAGCUUCUCAUGGAGGACUUGAUGCGACUAUGUGGACUGAAACUAUCACAACAUUCUUAUUGAAGAAGUUACUAGUUAUGUUUCCCCUUAAUCCAGUGAAUCAAUUCUCGGAGAAGGGUGAUGAUAGAUAUUUUACCUUGAACACUGUGUUUACGGAAAUAUUUUUGCACUUGUGUGAAUGGAUCUGUCCUCCUGAUGUUCUAUUGGAGAGAUUUUUAGAUUUCAUAGAAAGUGCACUGCUUGGAAAGAUCUGCAGUGGCACUCGAUCUGGUAAAGCAAUUGAGGAGAAGCAUUUACUUUUGCUUCUUCCUUUUAUUCCAAAACUUGUUUCACAGGUGGCGACAGAAUGGAAGUUUCGUCUUCUUCAGGCAUUUACUAAGAAAUUUGAGGAUUGCAAUCCAGAAUCCUCGCUAAAAUUGGCUUUUGUUUCAACAAUUGAGAAAAUGCUAAUUCCUAGAGAAGACAUGCUCUAUCUAGAUGCAAGUGCUCUGGAUCUUCUAGAUCAUCAGAUUGCUUGGAUAAGACAGCUUCCUCUGUUACUAAUCCAGCUAGGUGAUAAACAUCCAUCAAGUUCUCAGGUUGUGUUGCACCUUCAACUUAAGCUGGGACAGUGUUCUUUGUUGAACCCUUCCCUCAUGUGGGGAUACGAUAACAUGCAACACUUACUGCAAAAAUUUUACAUUAUAUGUUCAGAUGAUGGAAAUAUAUGCUAUGGUCCUUUUGUAAGACUUGCCAGGGAUUCUCAGGAGCUCGCUCUUUGUUGCCUUUAUUAUUUCUCUUAUUUGGAACCUCUUCUGUUAAAGUCAAUAUCUUUGUGUUGCCUGUGUCCUGAUAUGGACCCAUUAAUAGUGUAUCGAAUAUUAGAGAUUCUGCAUUCCACCUACAAAGCAGGGCGUAUCCAAAUUGCCGACUGCAUUAGCUUCUUCAUCACUUUGCUCUCAAGGUUUAGAGUUUUUCCAGAAAAUAGUUAUCCAGAUGAAAAUAGGGAUGCAAAGAUAUCAAAUCGUGGGAUUUUUAAGUCCAUCACUAGCAUCGUCUGCUCAAGCAUGUUGCAGAUGGGUGAUAAAAAUCUUGUUUUUCGCAUAUUAGAGAAUAUAUUACUUGCUCAGAUAGUACUAAAGCCUCCCCUAGAUAAUGUCUGUGCUAUGCUAAGAGUACUAAUUACACUGGACUCAACUCCCACAAGACUUUCUCAACAAAGUAUUACAACUCUAGGCAAUUUCCUUUCUGAGUAUCUAAUUGAUGUUGUUGGUUGCAUUUCCAAAGAUGAGGACACCGACUCCAUUCACUCGAGCGCAUGUCGUUAUUAUUUUAUACCUUGCUUUUUCCUGUUUGAUAGGAGCCAUGUGCUUUUAAAUCUUGUUUUGAGAAUGUUUGCGUCAAUUGUUUCUUGUAAUGGUGGUCAAUAUGCAACAAAUCCUUCAAGUACAGUAGGUGCAAUUGUUUCUGUUCUUCUAUUCAUGCACAAGGAUGUUAGGAUUGGGCAAAUUAUAUCUUCGUUCAAGGAAGAUGUUGACAGUAUUUUGCAGAACAUUAUUUGUUUGCAGUCCUCCGAGGAAAUCAGCUUGACCCUUGAAGAAAGGCACAAAGUGCAAUGUGCAAUGAGUCAACUGGAGAGUGUAAUAUGCGGUACCGAGAAAGGGAAAAAAGUAUCUUUCUAAUUGUAUAUUAUUUUUAUAUCAAUAAUGUUAAUUAAAUAAUUUAGUUAAGUUUAUUUUUCCUGCUUUGCUUUGAUUUUAUAUAUUGAAGAUGGUUAUUUGGAGCUUU